UAUAUUAUCAAAAAAAAAUAUAUAUAUAAAUAUAGAUAUACAAUUUUCGAACUGAACGGUGGAUGUGCGCGUUUUCGUGCGAGGUGCGAGUGAGACGGUAGCAGCUGAGAAAACAAGUGUAUGAUGAUGCGGGAAAUAACGGUGCAUGGCAUCAAGUAUUAAACUAAGAUUCCGGUGCAAGCGUUUUCCUGAAUCGUUUUAAAAAUAUUCGGACAUGUUGGCCCAAAAUCAAUCGAAAUUCGUCAAGUGAAGUGCAAAAACAGAAUCGAAACCGGUUCGCCUCCGCAAAGAGCAAAGCCAAUAGCAAAACCAAAAUCAAAGCCAGCGCAAGAAUUUUUGUUGUUUGGCCAAAGUAGCGCUGCCGGCGUCGUCGUCGUCGUCGUCGUCGUCGCCGUUUGGUGCGUCCGUGUGUUUGUGCGUGCGUGUGUGUGCGAGCAUCUCGGGGAAAAGAAGUGAAAAAGAGAAGCAAAGUCAACGGCAAAGGAAAAGGUACGCCAAAAACAAAAGCAGAAACCUGUUCCCUGCAACAAAAACAACGACGACGGGCUCUGCUGCCACAAAAAGUGGCACAAGUGAAAAUUCCUGCCUUCUUGUUGUUGUCUUUUAUUAUGAUUUUUUUCGGUUUUUUUGACAAUCGCCAAAAGUGAAAAUCAAUUUGGCAGAGCGCGCGCGCAUAGAGAGGAAAAGGAAGAGCAAGCGAGCGAGCGAGUCCUGUUUUUUACCCAGCCCAAAAAUUGGAGAACGAAAACCUGACAAAAAAAAAAACCACUAACCACUGAGAGCAACAAAAACAAAAACAAAUGUAAACCAUCGGGAGACUACAACAAAAGUAAAUAAAUUUGAGCCGGAUUCCGGGGAAAUUCGGGAAAAGCAACGAAAUCAAAGAGAGAGAAAGAGAGAGAGUUGUUCAGUUUGAGCUGCACUUGAUCGAACGCCUGCCUGAACAAGUGUUCCGUCGGCGAGAGAGCGGAGCGAGAUCCAUGAUGUGUCACAAUCAACGGAAGAUUACUUCUACGAACUUCCACGAAAUGUCCAAACGAAACGCAUUCCACCAGCAAAAGAUACGAACCUACCGACCAAUCAAAUAAGCAGCCGAGAGAGGGAGAGAGAUUACCAUUAAGGAAUCACCGAAUCGAAUCGAAUCGAAUCGAUAAAUCGCAAGCCGUAAAAAGGAAGCGGAAGGGAUAGAAAGGAAGGCGUUGUUUCGCACAGGAGAAUACCCUGUAGAGAAGCCCCUGCCUGCCGCACGGGGGAGCCAGUCGCGGAGAGUUGGAGAGAAAAGCCGCCAAAAUUACGACGUAUCACCCACCAACGCCCAAAGUCAAACAGAACCCGGCCAAUAUGGACGCCACGUCCGGGCCGGGGGCGUUUGACGAUGAGCCGCCGCCAGAGCCGCGCGACGGAUGGCUGCUGGUGCGCAUCCAUGUGCCGGAGCUGAACGUCUACAAGUGUCUGCAGUUCCCAUCGGAGCGUCUCGUCUGGGAUGUCAAGCAGCAGGUGCUCGCCUCGCUGCCAAAGGAACUCAAGGAGAGCUUCAACUACGGCCUCUUCGCCCCGCCCUCGAACGGGAAGGCGGGAAAGUUUCUGGAUGAAGAGCGUCGGCUGGGCGACUAUCCAUUCAACGGCCCCGUCGGCUACUUGGAGCUCAAGUACAAGCGACGCGUCUACAAAAUGCUGACCCUGGACGAGCGCCAGCUGAAGGCCCUGCACACCCGGGCCAAUCUGCGCCGAUUCCUCGAGUGCAUCAACGGGGGGCAUGUGGAGAAGAUAGCCAAGAUGUGUGCCAAGGGACUGGACCCCAACUUCCACUGCUCGGAGAGCGGCGAAACGCCGCUGAGCGUGGCCACCGGUGCCAAGAAACCGAACAAAGUGCUCAUUGCCUUGGUCAAUGGCGGGGCCCUGUUGGACUACAGGACCAAGGACGGGACCACGGCCCUGCACCGGGCUGUGGAGCACGACUCCCUGGAGGCGGUCAGUACCCUCCUGGAGCUCGGGGCCUCGCCCAACUACCGCGACGGGCGUGGGAUCACGCCGCUGUACAUCUCGAUAACCAGAAAGUGCGAAUCGAAGAUCACGGAGAGCCUGCUGCACGACCACGCGACGCUCGGUAUCCAGGAUAGCCAGGGCUGGAACGAGGUCCAUCAGGCCUGUCGGCACGGCCUGGUUCAGCACUUGGAACACCUCCUGUUCUACGGUGCUGACAUGGAUGGCCGCAAUGCGUCCGGCAAUAGUCCGCUGCAUGUGUGCGCCGUCAACAACCAAGAGGCUUGUGCCCGAAUGCUUCUCUUUCGCGGCGCCCAGCGCGGCGCCCAGAACUUUGCCAACCAAACUCCCUAUCAGGUGGCUGUCAUAGCUGGCAACUUGGAGCUGGCCGAAGUCAUUGAGAACUACAAAUCGGAGGAUAUUGUACCCUUCCGCGGACCGCCGCGCUACAAUCCGAAGCGGCGCUCGGGCAUCGGCUGGCUGAGCGCCAAUGGAGCCGCCGGGGCUGCUCUGCUGGCUGCGGCUGGCGGUGGUCUUGGUGGUGCAAUGAUCAGUGACAGUGCCCAUCCGAAUGGCAUCGGAAACGGAAACGGAAUCGGAAACGGAAUCGGAAACGGAACGGGCAGUGCCAGUGUUGGCGGUGGGGGUCUGAUGAUGAUGAUGAUGCAGCAUCAGAACCACCAACAGCAGCAGCAGCACAACCACAAUCCUCUGCAACCACAUCAUCUGCACCACCAGCACCAGCACCAGCUUCAGCUGCAUCAGCAUCAGCUGCAGCUGCACGGCCCGCCCUCGCCGUGCCCCUCGGAGCACAUGCUGGGCGCCUACAGUUCGGCCAGCUCCAGCCUCUCCGAGGGCUCCUCGGGACACCGUUCGCACGAGGACGACAUCAGCAUUGUCACAGACAAAUCCCUGGGCGAUACGAGCGACAUCAUCAGCGACUCGUCGGGCGUGGGAACCAACUCGGACUCGGCCGCCUGCUCGAUUGGACACCCCAGCACCACUGUCGUGUGCAUGGAGCCGUAUGUCGGCAACACAGUGGGGCACAUCCGGCUACAGCCCGGCGACGUCAUCGAAGUGGUGGGCAGCACCGACUGCGGCCUCCUCGAGGGCUAUGUGAGGGGCACCAAUCAGUCGGGCUUCUUCCCCGCCGACUGCGUCCAGGAGGUGAAUCUGCGCCAGAAGCACAUCACCAACGUGAUGACCGCCAGCACGGGCAUGCCAGCCCCCAACCAGCAGGCCCCACUGCAGCACCAGCAGCAGCACCAGCAGCAGCAGAAACAGCAGCAGCACCAGCAGCAGCCCUCAUCCUCGGCCUCCUACCAGGGAUCGCCGCAGCUCAGCCUCGGCGGGCACUCGGGCAGCUCGAGCACCCUGCUGCAGCAGCCCCACCAUUCGCCCUCGCUCUCGAUGACCAGCAACGGGUCCUGCCAGCAGCCACAGCAGAUGACAGAGAGUAACGGGGGAGCAGGCGGUGCCCCCAUGGGCAGCCACAACAACAACAACAACUCCAUUGGACAGUACAGCAGCGCCACAGCGCCGCGCAUCAAGAAGAGCGCCUACAAUGCCCCACGUUCGGUGGUGCUGCACCGCGCCAAGCGCGGCUUCGGCUUCAUUUUACGGGGGGCCAAGGCCAGCUCCCAGCUGAUGCAGCUGCGACCCUCGGAACGUUUUCCGGCUCUGCAGUAUCUGGACGACGUGGAUCCGGGCGGAGUGGCCGACAUGGCCGGCCUGCGGCCGGGCGACUUCCUGCUGACCAUCAACGGGGAGGACGUGAGCGCCGCCUCGCACGAGCAGGUGGUGGAGAUGAUCCGCUCGGCGGGAGCCCUGGUCAACAUGACGGUGAUAUCGCCGCAGUUCCCCCACCAGAUGCAGGCCACUGUCCAGUACCUGCCCAGCGGGGCCAGGGCCGGCAGCCAGCACUUGUCGAGUGGCCCGAGCACUCCGCAGACGUCGCACCGCCAGUGCGCCACAUUGCCGCGCAAGAUGUCUAUGGGACCGGGCAGUCAUGGCGGCGGCGGCGGCGGCUCCUCGGCCGGAGGGAGUGUGCGGAUGGCACCCAUGCCACCGCGAAGGGACCCUAAGACGACGCUGAGCGUGGGACGGGCCAGGGCCAAGUCCAUGGUGGCUGGCCUCGAGAACGGCGGCGAGAAGGAGGACGAUGUGCAGCACACCAAGUCCAAUUCGGUGGAGUCCAUUGCCACGUCCAUUGCGGCGUCCGUGGCCACAAGCAACGGCAACGGCAACGGCAACAACAAUCAGACAGGACCCGGCACCCCCGUCCAGCUGCGGACGGCCAGCAUCAAGGCCCGGCCUACAUCCAGUCGAAUCACGGCCGCAGAGCUGGAGGAGCUCUUCCAGCGGCAGCAGGGCGAUGGCAGUGCCGCCAAUGCCAGCCGUUAUGCCACCAUGAUGACCAGCUCCCGGUUCCAGUCGGGCACGGACAGUGGCGCGGCCACGCCUCCCGCCACGAACGGAUCCCCCAUGAGGAGCGGACCCCUGGUCUACGGCAGUGUGGCGGAAAUGAAGCGCAAGACGGCCAGGAGCAAGCACGGAGGGAUCAUUGGCAGCGGCAGCGGCGGCACCCUGCGUGGCAAGCCAGUGGCCACGCCCACAGUGGGUGGGGCUGGGGGAGUAGGGGGCGCUGGAGGACGCGACUUGAAGCGAUUCCACUCCACGCCCGACCUGCACGGCGCCCAGCUGCACGGCUCAGUCUCGUCCAUCUGGCAGGCGGCCGGCAAGGGUCAUCACUCGCAGGACGAUGUGGCCACGCUGCACGCCUCGCUGCAGCGUCUCAACACCAUGGAAGCCAAGGGGGCAGCCGGCCCAGUGCUUCCGCCACCCAAUCAUCCCCCACCGCCGCCGCCUGUCGGCCAGGUGGUCAAGGUGGAGACCCGAAGCAGCGUCUCGGAGUACGAGAGCACCAUCUCCUUGCAGCAGAAGCUGAAGAAGCGGACCGAGAAUGAUGCCGUGACCAGUGCGGCCAUCGAUGGCGUCCAGAGCAGUUUCAAUCCCUCGGCCAACGCCAAGAUCUAUGCCUCGCCCCAGGAGCUGCGCAACGUGAUGGCAUGGAAGCUGCGUCAGGCGCAAGAGAAGCCGCCCCAAGAGACCUCCGCGAGCUCUCAGCAGCAACAGCAUCAGCCACUGCCACAGGUACAGCCACAGGCACAGCACCAGGUCAGCCAGUAUGCAGCUCCCACACAGAUGCGUCCGCAGCAGCAACAACAGCAGCCUCAACAGCAGCCCACUGGAGCGACCUCCCACUAUGCGGCGCCUCAGGUGCAGGUGCCAGUGCAGCAACAGCAGCAGCAACAGCAGCCGGAGCCCCAGUCCCCGCCUGCACCACCGCCACCACAGUCUCAGUUGCAGUCCCAGCCGGCGCCAGCUGCAGCUCAGCAAGCAGCACAGAAUGGAAAUGGGAGUGGUGGUGGUGGUGGUGGAGGUGGAGCCCCGCCCAUCCCCGAGCCGGACUACAGCUGCAGCGAGUCGGAUGGGGAGGACGAGAACUCGAUUCUUGUGGCGCGCAACACGAAGCUCAACGAGAAGAUAGCCCUGUUCGAUGUGCCCGAGACCAGCGGCAACAGUCAGGCCAGUGGCAGCAGCUCGAACUCCGGCAGUGCGUCCAUCUCACAUUCGCUGUCGGUGGAGGAAAUCCAACGCAUACGCAGUAAUCUUAAGACCUCCAAGUCCUCGCCCAAUGGCUUCGCGAAGAAGUCUGACGAGGAGCAACAGCAGCAGCAGCAACAACCACAGCCAUCUCCAGGUCCAGGUCCAGGGCCAGGCGAAGAUGAGUGCGACACUAGCAGUUCUGGUGUAAGCAGCGAUCAAGACGGUCUGAUGGCCACAGGAGGAGGAGGAGGAGCUGCAGCAGCAGCGGCAGUCCCCAAGCCCACCGACACUAUCAAGAAGAAGCCAACAGUGACCAUUGUGGAGGAGCCGAAGACUAUACCCGAUCAGCCCAUGGCAUCCACCAAGCCCAUGGCCAAGACAACAAUCAGCAUUGGAGCAGCAAGUGGAGGAGCCACCACCACGCUGACUGUCAAGCAGUUGGUGCAACAGCAGCACGCUCCCGUUAUACAGCAGCAUCAGCAGCAGCUUAUCACCAAGCCGACAGCCAAUGUGGCUACAAUGGCCAGCAACAUCAACAUGAAAUCUCUCGGCGGCAACAAUGCCACAUCCGUGAUGAGUCCACAGGUUCUGGGGCGCAUACCCAACGUGCAUCAUCAUCAGCAGCAACAGCAGCAGCAGCAGCUGCAACAGCAGGCGAAUCCCAACCAGAAAUUGAUAGCCACGCAGCAGCAGAUCCUGCAGCAACAGCAACAGCAGCUGGCCCACCAGCAACAUCUGCAGCAGAUCCUCAAGGCGAAGGCAGCCGCCGCCGGAGGAGCCAGCAACACGGCCGCCCUGGUGGCCAAGCAUCAGCAGCAGUUGCACAAGGGAAACAGCGGCCACGAGUCGGAGAUGGAGCAGCGCUCCGACCUGGAGGAUGACGACGGAGACCUGAGCCCCUCGCCGCCUGCCAAGGCCUUCCAGCGGCACAACUCGCUCACACGCAAGCAGGCGGCGGCCAUUGCCAUGCAGCGGGGCGUGACCCGCACCUCGGCCGUCUCGCUAAUGCAGUUGCCGCCGCCGCUGGAGGCCGACAGCGAUGGUGAGGUUCCGCAGCACACAUUGCAACGCCAGCAUCCCCAUCCCCACCCACACCAGCUCCAGCAGCAGCUCCAGCAGAUCCAACACCAGCAACAGCAGCAGCAGCAGCAGCAGCAGAUGGCCACGCAUAUUGUGGGCGUCUUGCCCAGCGGACAGUUGGUGGCUGUUGCCUCUGCUGCUGUUGCUGGUGGUCCGGGCGGGGCGACUGUAGCGCAGCCUGGCAACAACAAUAUGCAGCUGUGCACCGAGAACUUGGUCCUGGCGCCGCCGCCGCAGUUCUGCGAUUGUAACGAUGCCAAGCACGCGCCGCAGUCGCAGCCGCAUCUGCCAGGCGGCCAGUAUCAUCCUCAGCAGCAUCAACAGCAGCAGAUUCAACAGCAACAGAUUCAACAGCAGCAGAUUCAACAGCAACAGAUUCAACACCAACAACUCCAACAGCAACAACUCCAACAGCAACAACAGCUUCAACAGCAGCAACAACAACAGAUGCUGCACCACCAUCAGCGUCUGUCAGGCGGGGCUGGCGCUGGAGCCGUUGGCACUUUGGGACGAGUUCGCAUCGUUGGCACCAUGCCCAAGGCCAAUCACCAUCGGCUGCACUAGGCUGAGCUGGAAGAGCUGCACGAGCUGCGGGAAUCAAAUCUAACAUUUGCCAAAUCGUUAAGUCGUUAAUUAGAGUUAGUCAACAGUCAUUGCCAUUCACAACGAAUAGCUGCGGCUGCCUGCACCCGAGGAAAGACGCCACAAGUAGAGCAUUAAGCAACACGAAGGCAUAGAAUACAUAGCAGGCAUAGCAAUGGGUCCAUUUCAGACACAAAUCAAAUCGUUGCUACUUCUGUAUAUUCACAGCAAAUACACAACAUUCAAGUUCAA